AUGAUUGCACCAGUGGAAUCAAUCCUCAGCCAGACGGGAGCAACCGACGAAACGAAGAACCUCAUUCGACACCAAGUGUCCUCCCUCCUCAUGGCUCAUAGGCCGCGCGACGUGCUUUCCAAGGUCGAGUGCGAUGCACUUAAAGAACUCAGGGCUGACAACGACCUCGUUAUCGUGCCUACGGACAAGGGGCGUUCAACGGUCGUAUUGGACAGGACAGACUACAAUCAAAAAGCCAAAAGCUUGUUGGAGGAUCGUCAGUCCUAUGUCCCAUGCGAAUCAAACCCCAUGAAAACGCUGACACGCGAGAUUAACGCGACGCUGUUGGCAAUGGAGAACUCAGGUGCAAUAUCGCCAAUCGACCGACGCAUGGCGAGAGCACAAGAAACGGCCCUAGCCCGAUUCUACGGUCUCCCAAAAGUGCACAAAGAGGGCGCUCCUCUCCGGCCUAUCGUGUCACUAAAGGGCACUCCAACCUACGGACUGGCAAAGUGGCUGUUCCAACGUCUCAAGUUUCUGACCUCCGAUUCGAACACCACAGUCAGCUCGUCAACGCAAUUCGUGGAGAAAGUUAAAGGAGUAAGUCUCCUGCCAAGAGAUAUCAUGGUUUCCUUUGAUAUCACGUCCCUUCUUAUUUCUAUCCCGCAGGACCUGGCAGUCGAAUCGAUCGAACUACUCCUACGAGAGAAAUACGACGAAACGGAGAAUAGCCUCGGACACGCCCAAAUCAUCCAGCUCCUGAAGUUCCGUCUCAAGACGUACUUCACGUUCAACGGAAAAAUCUACAAGCAGGUGAGGGGAACGCCAAUGGGUUCGCCGAUUUCGCGACUCAUAGCCGAGGCGGUCCUACAACGGCUGGAGUAGCUGGUUUUCCAACACCACAGACCGAAAUUCUGGGCUCGGUAUGUAGAUGACACCUUCGUCGUCAUCGAACGGGAUCAGGUGCCUACAUUCAAAGCACAUCUCAACGCCGUCUUCCCGGACAUUCAGUUUACGAUGUAGGAGGAGGAAAACAAUCAGCUGGCCUUCCUGGAUGUCCUCGUCUGCCGCAAAGAUUGUGGCGGCCUAAAAACCAAAGUGUUCAGGAAAGCGACAAAUAGGACGCAAAUACUGAACUUCAAUAGCAACCACCCGAUCAGUCACAAACGCAGUCGCGUAAGGGCGCUAUACCGGCGCGUUGAGACGCAGUGCAGUGAAAUGGAAGACAAGGUUGCUGAAUUACAAUAUCUUCGACGGGUAAUGAGAGCCAAUGGUUACCCGCGCAACUUUGUCAACCAGAGCAUACGAAAAGGACACCAGAGACCAAAUCCAACCAGCCCCAAAUUUUGGCAGACUCUUCCUUACGUGAAGAACGUCUCGGAAGCCGUCAGUCGUCUUCUCAAUCCACUUGGAGUUGGGGUUGCACACAGGCCGGAAGCAACCACCAGGCGCCAAGUCAUGAGGCCAAAAGACCCGCUGCCACGGCAGGAAACGUCUGGAGUCGUUUACCGGAUCUGGUGUAGAUGCAGGCAAAGCAAUUAUGUCGGAGAAAUUGGGAGAUUACUCCGUACGCGAAUUGCCGAGCACGCAGCAGCAGCAAUGAGGCGGGGAGACGCUAACUCUCAGGUGGCGGCACACUCGACGGGACCCGGCCAUAUUUUCAAGUUUCAAGAGGCCGAAAUCCUCGCAAGGGGUGACAACCGCGUGAGCCGCGAGCUGCUCGAGUCAUAGUUCUCAGGCCCGCAAUCCAUCAACAAGCACAAUGACCUCCCGGUACCCUAUUCCGUACUGCGAUUUUCCCGGGACAGGAGGAUCAGUCACGUGGGGAGGGCGCGGGCGGCAAUUAUCACGGUGACAGUGAGCCAGUUUUUCUAUGAAGAUGGCAGCGUGUAGUUUGUGAAGUACCUUCAGUGGCAUAGCCGGUCUGAAAGUCAAUGUAAUCCAAAACGAACGAGAAGUGUAAAUUAAUUUAACGGAGGAAAAUUCCUCUCAAUAAAUACAAAAUGGUGUGUUUACGAUCACGCCUGUCAGUUCUAUUUAAAUUUAUUAGGCACCGACCGGCCUCAUACGAUGUCGGCUUAUUAAAACUUUUGAUCCUACCACGUUUGCAUCAGUGAAAUCAAGCAAAAUCCAGCUUCUCUUGUUAAAUCCCAUCUUAUUUACUUCAAAGACAUGAAAUUAAAAGGAAUCACUGGAAUACUGUUUUGGAAUCUACACUCAAAAUGUAAGCAGUUGACAAACCGUCAUAAUAUGAAAUCACACACUACGCGGUGUUGCUAUGUUGGGUGGCCUUUGGGCAUCAUUCGGCUCAUAGACACGUGGUGGCAAGCAGGACUAAUUUACAAACGCUGUAAGUCGAGCUGAAUUAACCUGCUAUAACCUGAGGUUUAACAGGCCGGACAAGUAUCUGAUCGAUGCAAGAGAAGGUGCGACUUCCAGGAACUAGUUGACAAGAAGUAAAAGCGGUCGCUGGAAGAAGAGCUUUAUUCGGGUUUGUGCUUGGGUCAGGAUUCACAAGAUCCCAGUUUGACCGACGUUACCAGCAAUGUUCACCGAGUGCAUUACGAGGAGGUGACAGUAGGCACGGUGACUAGUGAGUGAGUUAAUUUAUAGCGGGAGCGCUUGUACAGCAUCUACCGCACUCUCUCCUCUAACGCCUCACCUAUACCCAGUGUCAAGGCAGAGAAAAGAAUCCCGAAGGCGGGGGAGGGGACAGGUGGCAGUUUACCAACAAGCGCAAUGACAUCCCCACCCCAUAUUAGGCGUUGAGACUUAGAAGCUAGCCGCUCGGAGAGCGCGCGGGCCGGACACAGUAGUGGUCGCCUGCGCUAUGUCCUAUGAUGAAUCCAAUCUGUAGAUUGGAACGUUUACCACGUACUUCUAUAGUAGUUGAUGCACUGCAUAAAACACCGAGAUGAAUACUAGAUCAUGCGGUCUGAAAGACAAGGAUCAUGAAGAAGGAGACACGAUCGCCGGGACAAGAGCUUUAUUAGCCUGACGUCUCGGAUUCCUACUCGAAUCCAUCAUCUGAGACAAAAGAGCAGAAACGGGUGGUUGUUGCACAAGGGGCUGCGGUAUUUAUAGGACGCAGUAGCCAUGCUACCGCAUACCUAUGAACGUUCACGGCCCCCCCUUCAUCCGGGAUUGUCACAAUUGGUGUAAUCAUUGCUUGAUGGCCGACAUUCGAGUCGAUAAUUGCUGCAAUUUCAUCACGUGCGUUGGAUGUUGGCGUGAUGAUUGCUCGACCAUCUGACGCACCGACCCCGGUGUUGGGAAAAGUGUUCACCUCUGCGCUCCCCGCAUGACUUGUUACUCCGCCCAGGCGAAGUUUUAGCACGCAGUAUGGAGUGGGAAGAUUGUCGCACUUGUUAAUGAACUGGAGGCCAGUAAACCAUGAUUCCAGUAGCUCCCGACUCACGCGAUUAUCCCCUCUCGCAAGAAUUUCGGCCUUAUUGAAUUUGAACGUGCGGCCGGAUCUCGUCGAAUGAGCCACAACUUGAGAGCUGGCGUCAUUUCUGCGCACCGCUGCCGUGUGUUCGGCCAUUCUCGUUCGGAGCUGUCUUCCGGUUUCUCCGACGUAGUUGCUUUGUCCGCAACUGCACCAGAUCCGAUAAACGACUCCAGACGUUUCUAUCCGUGGCAGUGGGUCUUUCGGUUUCAUGAUCCGACGCCUGAUGGUUGCCUCCGGUCUGUGUGCCACUCCAACCCCAAGUAGUGCGAGAAGGCGGCCGACAGCUUCCGAAACGUUCUUGACAUACGGAAGUGCCCGCCAAGAUUUGGUGUCCGUGCGGUUAGUCCUUUCGUCCCUUUUGCGUAUGCACCGGUCGACGAAGUUGCGCGGGUAGCCAUUGGCUUUGAAGACCCGUCGGAGGUAUUGUAGUUCAGCAAUCUUGUCUUCCGGCUCACUGCAGUGCGUUUCGAAACGCCGAUAGAGCGGCCUUACACAACUGCGUUUGUGGCUGAUUGGGUGGUUACUGUUGAAGUUCAGUACUUGCAUCGUAUUUGUCGCUUUCCUGAACACCUUGGUCUUUAGUCCACCACAAUCCUUGCGGCAUACGAGGACAUCCAGCUGGCUGUUCUCUUUCUCCUCCAUCGUAAAUUGAAUGUCCCGGAAGACGGCUUUGAGAUGUUCUUGGAAUGUCAACACCUGAUCCCGUUCGAUGACGACGAAGGUGUCAUCCACAUACCGGGCCCAGAACGUCGGUUUGUGGUGUUGGAAGACCAGCGAUUCUUACCGUUGCAGGACCGCCUCGGCGAUGAAUCCCGAAAUCGGCGAACCCAUUGGUAUGCCCUUCACCUGUUCGUAGAUUGUCCCGUUGAACGGAAAGUACGUCCUGUGACAGAGCUUCAGGAGAUGAAGGACUUGGGCGUGUCCAAGACGGUUCUCCGUUUCAUCGUAUUUGCUUUGUAG